AUGCGCAGACCAGCUACCUCGAUUUGGAGGUCCUGCGUGCAGCGGCGUUGCGGUACCAAUUUUGUUGCGGGGCUGAGGAGUCAGCUUGCUGUCCGCUGCUUUUCCACGGACCAGCUAUGGAGAGGUGUUCGCUCUACCAGCUUCAGCAAGAACCUGGAUUUCAAAGACGGGUCUGAAAGCACCUUUCCUGUAUUUCGAGUUCUCAAUCCCGCGGGAGAACUAGAUCCAGGAGUUGAGCUUCCGUUCUCCUUGGAAGAGGGGGUUGAAAUGAUGCGGAUGAUGAUCAAGUCCAAGGUCUAUGAUGAUGUGUUGAUGACCAUGCAGCGACAAGGGCGGAUAAGCUUCUACUGCACAAACUAUGGAGAAGAAGCAACCAGUGUGGGCACGGCCGCGGCUCUGAAGCCUCAGGACAUGAUUUGGCCUCAGUAUCGGGAGCUCGGUGCCUUCUUGUGGAGAGGUUUGACAGCACAGGAGAUUGCCGACCAGAACAUUGGCAACGAGGGUGAUCGGAGCAAGGGACGGAACCUGCAGGUGCACUACUGCAUGCUGGAGAAGAACAUGCAGACUGUGCAUGCUGUCUUAGGCACUCAAAUCCCGCAGGCCCCAGGUGCAGGCUAUGCUUAUAAACUGGGUAAGGAGGAUCGAGUGUCCGUUGCCUAUUUCGGUGACGGAGCAGCAUCUGAGGGGGAUGCGUUUACUGGUCUGAACUUUGCUUCCGUAUAUGGUGCGCAGACGCUCUUUAUCUGCCGAAACAAUGGCUACUCCAUCUCCACGGGGGUCGAGGACCAGUACAAAGGAGAUGGUAUCGCUGCCCGUGGACCAGCUCUGGCCAUACCCACCGUCCGAAUCGACGGGAACGACUUGGUGGCUGUGUACAUUGCUACUGAAGCAGCCCGGAAGAAAUGCGUGGAGGAGAAAACACCCAUACUUCUAGAGCUCAUGACCUACCGGGUCGGUGACCACACCACCUCGGAUGAUUCAUCGGCGUACCGAAAAGAGGAUCAGGAUGAGGUCAAGAAGUUGGCAGGCAUUGGGCCGCUGCCCCGUUGGAAGAAGUUUCUGGAAUCCAAGGGUGUAUGGGAUGACGAGAAGUCGAAAGCCACAGAAGCAGCGGCACGGGAGGAGAUGCUCCAGGCAAUGAAAGCAGGAGAGGCAAAGAAGAGACCGCCACUGCGGGAGUUGUUCACUGAUGUUUUCAGCGACCUGCCCUGGCAUUUGGAAGAACAGGCAGCCUAUGCUGAAAAGCACUGUCGUGAAUACAGCAGUGAGUUCAACAUGCAUGCUUUCAGAGGGCUUGAUGGCCCUGCGCCUGCCGUUGAUCCAAAGCGAACUGCCUCUGCUCCCCGAGUUCUGCCCCCUAGUCCUCGAGGCGAGACGAAAGAGACGACCAUGGUUCAGGCAAUCAACGAUGCAUUGUCCAUCGCUCUGAGCUCAGACAAAAAUGCCGUACUGUUUGGUGAAGAUGUGGCCUUCGGCGGGGUCUUCCGUGCCUCCGUCGGGCUGAGAGACAAGUUUGGCGAAGACCGAGUUCUCAACGCACCAGUGGCUGAGCAAGCCAUUGCCGCUUUCGCGGUCGGUCUCUCCGUGGCAGGGUACAAGGCAAUUGCAGAGAUUCAGUUCGCCGAUUACAUCUUCCCUGCCUUUGACCAAAUCGUCAAUGAAAUUGCAAAGUAUCGAUACCGCAAUGCUGGCGGCGGUUGCGGAAACAUUACUAUUCGGGCCCCAUGCUCUGCAGUGGGACAUGGAAGUAUGUACCACAGCCAGAGUGUCGAGUCUUAUUUUGCCCACUGCCCGGGCUUGAAGAUCGUGAUCCCGAGAGGGCCGAAGCAGGCCAAAGGAUUGCUGCUUGCGGCUAUUCGAGAUCCUGACCCUGUCUUGUUCUUCGAGCCGAAGGUCCUUUAUCGAGCGCGGAUUCAAGGACCUGAUGGCCAAGUGCCCGUCGAGGACUACGAGCUCCCCAUUGGACAAGCCGAAGUAGUGCAGGAAGGAACUGAUGUGACUCUUGUCGGAUGGGGGUCGCAGAUUGGCCGGCUGCAGGCAGCGGCUGCCACGGCCGCCAAAGAAGGGAUUUCCUGCGAGGUGGUUGACUUGCAGACCAUCAUCCCAUGGGAUGUGGACACGGUGCAGGCCUCCGUGCAGAAGACCGGGCGUUUGAUAGUCGCCCAUGAGGCCCCUCAAACAAACGGCUUCGGUGCAGAGAUUGCGGCCAAAAUCCAGGAGCGCUGCUUUCUUCACCUGCAGAGCCCAAUCCAGAGAGUGUGCGGUUUUGACACCCACUUUCCCUACGCCUGGGAGGAGUUCUACGUGCCGUCUGCUUCAAGGGUCCUGGCUGCCAUCAAGGCGCAUUCCGAGCUUGGAGUAUUCAACACAAGCGACUACCGGCCGCCACCGGCUCACUUUCUGGGCUUCAGCGAGACAACGGAAAGGUGCAGCUUCAUUAGUUUGGGCUUGCAGCUUUGUGGCAUUUUUGUGGCAUGGACCCACUAUGAGGAAUCUGGACGCAAGUGCAAGAUCAUUUGCACGAUGGGGCCAUGCUGCUGGGAAGUGGACAUGCUCACCAAACUCAUUGAGCCCCGAUGCACUGAAGCGCUUAGAAAAAUCCCUCAGGAUCAGGGCAUGAACAUUGCCCGCUUGAACUUCUCACACGGAGACCACGAGGGCCAUGGCAAAACAGUCGCCAGGGUCCGCGAGGCUUCCAAGCUACGGCCUGACAAGCCAGUGGGCAUUCUACUGGAUACCAAGGGACCUGAGAUCCGCACGGGCUUCUUCAAGGAGGAGCUUGCCGGUGGAAAGAUUAACCUCAAGGAAGGGCAGGAGCUGAAAUUGGUGACGGACUACAGCUUCAAGGGCGAUGACAAGACGCUGGCCGUGUCGUAUGCAACACUCCCAACGGCUGUGAAGCCAGGACAGACCAUCCUCGCUGCGGAUGGCUCUCUUUCCUUGAAAGUCAAGAGCUGCGGCAGUGACCACGUGAUCACUGAGGUGAUGAAUGACAUUUCCGUUGGCGAGAAGAAAAACAUGAACCUUCCGGGAGUGAAGGUUGACCUACCGGUGCUUCAGGAGAAAGACAAGAAGGACCUGCUUGAGUUCGGCAUUCCGCAGGGUGUGGACUUCAUUGCGGCGAGCUUUGUCCAGGAUGCAAAGGACUUGAAGCUGAUCCGAGACACCUUGGGAAUGCGGGGUCGCUCCAUGAAGAUCAUUUCGAAGAUCGAGAACCAGGAAGGUAUCAACAACAUCGACGAGAUUGUCGCAGCGACUGAUGGAGUCAUGGUUGCCCGUGGCGAUAUGGGCAUGGAGAUUGACAUCGAGAAAGUCGGCCUUGUGCAGAAGAUGAUCAUCUCGAAAUGCAACCUGCACGGCAAGUUCAGCGUCACUGCCACGCAGAUGCUGGACUCGAUGGAGCGUGCUCCGAGACCAACCCGUGCUGAGGCAACAGACGUAUUGAAUGCGAUUUUGGACGGCACCGAUGUCGUCAUGCUGUCCGGUGAGACCGCCAACGGCAAGUUCCCAGAGCAAGCAGUGAUGACCAUGAGGAGAAUCUGCGAGCAGGCAGAAUCAGUGAUUGACUACAAGGCUCUGUACCUCCGAAUCAGAAUGGCCGUGUUGGAGUCCGAGCACUCCAUGUGCCCAGUUGAGUCUGUCUGCUCAUCAGCUGUGAAGACUGUUGUGGACUCAGGAUGCAAGCUGAUCAUCUCCCUCACAGAGACAGGCCACACAGCCCGAGUCAUCUCCAAGUACCGACCUUCCGUUCCCAUCCUUGCGAUCACCGCUAGUGAAACCACCUUGCGCCAGCUUGUGGCUCAUCGCGGAGUGGUUCCCAUCCUCACAGCCUCCUUCCAGGGCACGGACUCAGUCAUCAACAAAGCCCUCGCACGGGCCAAGGAGCUGGGCAUGGUGAAGCCCGGAGACACGGUGGUGGCGAUCCACGGCCAACGAGAAGAGUGUCCAGGCCAGUCCAACCUCAUGAAGGUUGUGGUGUGCCCUUGA